AUGAGAAGCGCAGGUGGACGUGUAAGCUUUCGAUAUAUUUGGACUACAAAAGUUUUGCUGCGACAGAUUAACGAUAACGAAGCGGUGAUUUUGCGCGUUUCACCGAAAUUCGCAACUGUUCAUGGUUAUGUUGCAUUUCAGUGGUCGCUGCAAAUGCGCGGCACAGUAUUCGUCAAUGACGAAGGAGACAAGAAUUCUGCAGAUCAAAGUGAUGAAGAAGCAAGUCAAGAAUUAGAUUACGUCUCUUUAUCCUUGUACUUCAACGAUGGACCCGUUCCUGUAAUCAGUGACCUGCGUACAACUCUUCGAAUUCUAGAGAACAAAAAGUGUAAUAUAGAAUGCAACGAUGACAGUUACAUCAUUAGUGAAACUAUGACUGUGAAUGUCCUUCGUGGCAAAGAGACGGAAUUGGCGGCAACUAAGCGAUUUAAUAUUUCAAACUACAUUAAGGAAAAUGUUGGCCGAGUGAUACGUUUAUCUAUUGUGUUAAAUUUUUGUCAGGAAUAUUUUGAUGCUAGUUUUUAUCUAAAAAUUCAUCAUUCAACCUCAAUUUCGUCAUUUCUUACCACAAAUUACCGGGCACGUGCAUCAUCCAAAGUAUUCAAAAGGCGUUCACGCAAAUCCAAAUCAUCUGAUAACUUGGAUGAAAGUUGUAAUAGAAAGUUGUCGUUGAAACAAGAAGAAGAUUUUGAAGAGAUUUUCAAUCAAAUAAUGAAUCAGGAAAGAGAACGUCGAGAAAAAGCCCAUUCUGUUGCUGAUUUCAGCAGCUGGAAAGGAGUCAAAGGCGGACCUGCGUUAGUUGUUCAUUAUGAUGCAAUUAAAAUUUCGUAUGAAACGGUACUUUUCAAGAAACUACUAACAGCGUGUUGCAAUGGUUGCCAGAGAAAGGCCAAGUUGUUAGAAGAGGAAAGUCUGGAAGCAGAUCUAGAAGAAACGGAUGAAAUGAACGAUGAAAGCACUUUCGAAUGCAACGAACAAAACCAAGAAGGAGUACACGAAGUGUUAGCGAAUAUGUUCUUUACAAAGGUUGCCAUGCCUGAAAUGGAUUACGUUGAAGAUUUUGCUGAUUUCUUAAUUGAUGUCGAAUUGAAUAAGUUAUGUGUGUUAAAACGAGCAUGUGAGAAUUACCUUUGUAACGAGUUGCGCUCAAAGAAAGACCUGAUAACAUCCCUACUGCUUGAUUUGUUAUUUCUCACUAUUGUUUUCAAUCUACCGAUCCUGAAAUCUAUGACACUUUCCGAACUAUCUAAUCGUCCCGAAGAACUGAACGAACCUCAUGCUUUACUAGCUCUUGAGGAGUACAAAAGUAUUGACCGUAGAAUGAAAAAACUUAGUGGAAGGAAUCUUAUUGAAUUGAUCGAAGAAGUUAAACGGUUCCGAGAGCAGAGGUUACGCACGCAACUAGUCCACGUGGAGUGAGA